AUGAACAACGCUUUGGAUUCGCUACCUAAUGAUGAAUUCGAGUUCAUCGAGUCUUUCGACGAAGAUUCCGAAGAACACGAAGAGCAUGACGAUCAAUGGAGUAUGCAGCAGAGCAUCAAAAUCGAACCAAUCUCCAUUCUGAUGCCUAAAACUCUUCAACCAGAGCGCUCGUUAUCCCCAGUUGGAUCGAAAGCUCCAGAAUCCAUCGCUGAUCCAGAACGUACUCCAGAGGCUUCUCUCGUUGAAACUCCACUUUUAACCGAAACUUUGAAGGAGGAUAAUACUCCAAUGUCUACUCCACUCGCUUCUCUAAUUGAUCCCAUGUCAACUGCCAUUCCAACUCUCCACAAUAUGUCGAUUGUCUCGGAAUCUGAAUGCUCCAACAACUCUUCGCUUAUCAAUGUUGCUGAUGUCGAAUCCACAGAAGUUGCUCUCCGUACUUCUCUUCUUCUAGUCGGUGAACUUAAAGCUCAACUGAACGCUCAAGCUUCAAAAAUGGCCGAAAGUCUCCAGAGAAGCAUGAGCUCGAAUUCUGACAUGGAGCAAAUGAAGAACGAAUUCCAACUCAAAAUGAAAGAAUCAGCUAUGAGUGUAGAGAAAACAAUGGCAGAGAAAGAUUCGGCUAUCGAGCAGCUCAAAGUGCAAUUGGCACAAAGCCAACAGGUAGCGGAUUUGUGGAAGCAAGGAGCCGAGAAGAACAGCAUCGCGUCAUAUAGUGAUUCGAAGACAACUGUUGAUAGACUUCUCGAGGAGAAUUCGAGAUUGAGAAGUCAGGUGGAUGAAGAAGUCGCUCGUCGUAUGCAGGAAACCGAACACCGUAAAAUGCUUACAGAGCAAUUGAAAGAAGCCAGAGGAGGGUCUGUGUUCGACCCACCAGCUUCAUUGAUUGCUCGUCAGUUGGCAGAUAGAACGGAUUACUCAUUGAGAUUGGAGCAAGAGUUGACUACUUUGAGACAAGAAUUGGAGGAGUCGAAGCAAGCAUUAAAGAAGGCUACUGAAGAGUCCAGUAAUAAGGAUCAGAUCGUUAGUGCUCUGCAUGAGGACCAAGUGGAAAGCACCCGUAUGCUCGCAUCGAACGAGCAGGUCAUCAACAGUCUCAAGCAAAAGUGCCGUCAACUCGGAGUUCUCGAAGAUUUCUCUUCUUGA